GAGACGUUUGGUUUCCGGUAUCGUGAGAAUGCCUCCGCCCUCGCCUACUCGGAGUUGCCUUCCAGCGUUCGCGAGUGCGGGAUUUGCUACAACACCACCUCCCGGGAGAAGUGUUCCAACGCAGCCGCCGCCGCGGCCGUCGCCGCUAGCUGCUCUACAGCUUUGCGGUGGCCGCGAGUCAUGGUGGUGGUGGUGGAGUGGUGGGGCCUUAUGACCCUGGUGAUCAACUACGAGGCGGUGGCGGUAGGGGACGAUGCGUAUCUGGCCCGCCUGAGGAAACAGGGUUUCUAUUAUACGCUGCUUCGCCCCAUCAACGACACCCACGAGGAGGUCAUUGCGAAGGUGGGCCCCGCGGCUCUGCACGGCAAGGACUCCGUUACCGUGGAGGUCAAGGCACUAAACAGCGUGUGGUUGCUCAGGGUCGUCCCAGCUGGCGGCUUCGCACCCGCUUGGAAAGUGCCCCUCGUGGUGGCGGUGUUGUUAAUGGCCCUGGUGGUUUCGGUGCUGCUGCUGGUGGCCAUCGCGUCGCUCAAGCGAGCGAAGCUGCUGCUGGAAGAAACCAUGGCCGCCAAUCGGAACCUGGCGGAGGCCAUGAAGCGGCUCGAGGAGGAGAAGGAGCGUAUGGACGUGCUGUUGAUUCGUCAAUACGACUUGCUGCGUUGCCUCGACUUGAACCGCGCUUCAAAGAAGGCGGGCGGCAGGGCUGAUACUGAGGGCGAGGAGGGCUCCUCAGCCUGUGCGUCCAAGCGAAGGAUGAUGG